AUGGCUGCUAAUGACAAACCUGCAAAAGUGGAUCCUGCUAAGAACAAAUUUGACGUGAAAAUGGAUCCUGCUAACUUGAAUUUGGAUUCAAGUGAUAUGGCUACGAAUGACAAUCCUGUGAAAGUGGAUCCUGCUAAGGACAAAUCAGACGUGAAAAUGGAUCAUGCUAACUUGAAUUUGGAUGCAAAAUUUCAGAUGGCCGCUAAUGAAAAAUCUGUGAAAGUGGAUUUUGCUGAGGACAAAUCUGACGUGAAAAUGGAUACUACUAACUUGAAGUUGGAUGCAAAAUUUCAGGUGGAUCCUGCUAAGGACAAAUCUGACGUGAAAAUGGAUCCUGCUAACUUGAAUUUGGAUGCAAUGGAUCUUGCUAAGGACAAAUUUGACGUGAAAAUGGAUCCUGCUAACUUGAAUUUGGAUGCAAGUGUUGUGCCUAUCAACCGAGAAUUUCACAUGGCUGCGAAUGACAAACCUGUGAAAGUGGAUCCUGCUAAGGACAAAUCUGACGUGACAAAGGAUCCUGCUAACUUGAAUUUGGAUGCAAAAUUUCAGAUGGCCGAUAAUGAAAAACCUCUGAAAGUGGAUCUUGCUAAGGACAAAUCUGACGUGAAAAUGGAUACUACUAACUUGAAGUUGGAUGCAAAAUUUCAGAUGGCUGCUAAUGACAAACCAGUGAAAAUGGCCGCGAAUGACCAACCUGUGAAAGUGGAUCCUGCUAAGGACAAAUCUGACGUGAAAAUGGAUCCUGCUAACUUGAAUUUGGAUGCAAAAUUCCAGAUGGCUGCAAAUGACAAACCUGUGAAAGUGGAUCCUGCAAAGGACAAAUCAGACGUGAAAAUGGAUACUGCUAACUUGAAUUUGGAUGCAAGUAUUGCUACUAAUGACAAACCUGUGAAAGUGGAUCCUGCUAAGGACAAAUCUGACGUGAAAAUGGAUUCUGCUAACUUGAAGUUGGAUGCAAGUGAUAUGGCUGGUAAUGAAAUACUUGUGAAAGAGGAUGCUGCUAAGGAAAAAUUUGACAUGUCUGCUAAUGACAAACCUGUGAAAGUAGAUCCUGCAAAGGACAAAUCAGACGUGAAAAUGGGUACUGCUAACUUGAAUUUGGAUGCAAGUGAUAUGGCUGCUAAUGAAAUACCUGUGAAAGUGGAUCAUGCUAAGGACAAAUAUGACGUGAAAAUGGAUCCUGCUAUCUUGAAGUUGGAUGCAAGUAUGGCAGCUAAUUACAAACAUGUGAAAGUGGAUCCUGCUAAGGAUAAAUCUGACGUGAAAAUGGAUCCCGCUAACUUGAAUUUGGAUGCAAGUAUGGCUGCUAAUGAGAAACCUUUGAAAGUGGAUCUUGCAAAGGACAAACCAGAAGUGAAAAUGAAUCCUGCUAACUUUAAUUUGGAUGCAAAACAUCAGAUGGCUGCUAAUGAAAUACUUGUGAAAGAGGAUCCUGCAAAGGACAAAUCUGACGUGAAAAUGGAUCCUGCUAACUUGAAGUUGGAUAUGGCUGCGAAUGACAAACCUGUGAAAGUGGAUCCUGCUAAGGACAAAUCUGACGUGAAAAUGGAUCCUGCUAACUUGAAUUUGGAUGCAAUGGAUCUUGCUAAGGACAAAUUUGAUGUGAAAAUGGAUCCUGCUAACUUGAAUUUGGAUGCAAGUGUUGUGCCUAUCAACCGAGAAUUUCACAUGGCUGCUAAUGACAAACCUGUGAAAGUGAAUCCUGCUAACGACAAAUCUGACGUGACAAUGGAUUCUGAUAACUUGAAGUUGGAUGCAAAAUUUCAGAUGGCUGCUAAUGACAAACCUAUGAAAGUGGAUCCUGUUAAGGACAAAUCUUACGUGAAAAUGGAUCCUGCUAACUUGAAUUUGGAUGCAAGUGUUGUGCCUAUCAACUGA